AUGUGUCGCGGCCCUAACCUGCCCCUUGCCACAGUAAGGUUGGGCGGGCCUCAGUCACUCGGAGACCAUCGCGCGGGGUGGAUGUGCCCCUCAUCCAGUCAGCACGCGUUCCCGCCAUUCGUAACCCAACCGAAGCAGCAGCCUCGCUCGAUUACAACGAACAAUGGGCAGCGUGUCUUGAAAAGAUGGUGUAAUGAAUCUCAC